CAUCGACGGUCGACAUUCACCCCUCAUCUCUUGUAUCUUUUCUAUCCUUCCUGCCCACUCUUUUCCGCCUCUCUCAUCCACUUUCACCUCUUGGGCGUCUGCUUUCAUCACGGCCCCAGUCUCCUGCACCACUGUAUACCUGCUGUCCUAUAACCUCAAUGUCCUGUACCUCAAACAACACGUCUGAAUUACUGUCUCUUGAAUAAUGUCCUCUCCCCACCGUCGUCGUAAUCAACAAUCGAUAACCGUGCAGUCUAUACGAUCACACGCACCCCUUACUCCACGUCUCCUUGAUCUAAACACCAACGUCCCUACCACACGGUCUCGCGCCCGUCUCCUGUCAUCCAGGAGCAAUCUUAAAUUGAACGACGAAAACAGCCGCGGUCCUGCGCCUGGUUUCAACAAGAGUCUGAGAAGUAGAGGUCCCCUCAAGGAAAAUCCGUUAAAGAUGAAUGUGCUGGAGGAUAAGAAAAUGAUUAUUGGGAAGAGAAAAAUGGUAGAUGGGGAUGAGGAUCAAAGGAAAGGAAAAAUGCUGAAGACGGAUGAAAGGCUCGUGAGAAGGAUGGGUCCGCCUCUAAAGACCGUUGGGUCAAACAACGGCCUUCAUACAAGGCAUACACUGGCUCCAGUAGUGUCACCACAACGACUUCCGGAACGAACCCAGACUCUCGCACCUCCAACGCCUGCGAGAGAGAUCUUGCGGAAGGGUAUGCUCGAAGCCAAGCAAGGAGAUGAUGAAGCGGGCGGAGCAGAGUCGAAAACAUUUAGCGUGGUCGCGCGACCGCCAACACCGCCGAGGAUGCGUGAACGUCCCCUUGAAAUCAAAAGGGAUGAAGACACAAUUAUCGGGAAAUCUCCUAGGUUUAUUGCGAGGCCACCGACGCCACCGAGACCUCACCAAACGGCCGCUAUUGCCAAAAGCCCUACUCCCCUUUCUAACGAUGCUCCUGUCUCUCUCGUUUCCCCUCGACCGUUGCAUUCCUUAAUUCCAUCUACCCCCGGCCGUUCUCAGCCAUCUCAUACGACCUUUAAAUCCCCUCCCACCCGCCAACUUUCUGCCUUUUUCCCUACUCCCCGCACGUCUCAAAACCAGCCUACAGCUGCCAUUCCCGCUUACAACGUAUCUACCACACCCGAUGGCAUACCGCCAACUGCCUCAGUAUUUACCCCCAAUAACCGUCCCACAAUGGCAUCUCCUUUGACCAAUAGGCGAAUCGCUCUUGCAGUCAGGGUAGCUAGGGAGCAGACAUCACUUGAUGAUUUGGUGUUAAAAGCCACCCCUGUCAAGCAGGAAAUACAGCCAUGCGUCGUUGAGGCGCCGAAGAAAAAUGUCACUGCUGAAAAACUUGAAGAAGCGGCCGAGGCAAAGGAGAACGUGGAUGUAGAUAUGGCUGUGGUGGACGAAACUACAGGUGCUGAGUCAGUGCUUGGGGUAAACAUGACGACGGAAACGGGAAAGGCUGGUGCUGUGUGUGAGGCCCGACCACAUGUGCCUUCUCAUACCAAAGUCGAAUCCGAUACCAAGAUGAAUGUUGAUGAGCCUGCGCCUGAGGCAAAACCUGAGGUGCAACCAGCUCCCGACAUUAUAUCUACAUCUGCCGAAAUCGUUUCCACAACACCACAACCUGUACAGGUGGCAGUUCCUGCGAUUCCAGAAUGCCCUAUAACUCAACCCGCUGUCGACAUUCAAUUGCGCAAGACUUCAUCAGGUAGAUCUUUGCUGUGUAUGGGUGCACCUAGCCGCAUCCCCAUUAGUACACGGCAUGUACCUGCAGUAUCUGCCAUCGACAAGUCUCACCUGCCCUCGUCUACAAUGAGGAAAAUGGCAAGUGGUUUAGGGGUGGGCUCUCUUCCAGAAAGACGACCUGGUGGCCAACCAGAAAUGACGGGUAGUGACAGUUCAGCUCCUGCUCAAGGGCCUUCUUCGUCAACUGCCAAGCGUCGGCCUUCUUACCCUGCUUCCCUUGGCUCGGGUCCCCUUGCCCGCCCUACAGCAAGGGUAGUUUCUAACCCCAUCCGUUCUUCUGCUAUCGCUUCAGAAUCGUCUUCUGCGGCUGAGAUGUCCCAGCCUCCCAUAGCCGAAAGCAAUCGAUCUGUGUCUGACCCUGUCCCUAUUCCUGAAUCUGCACGACCUUCCAGACUGAGUUUGAGUACGAAUAGGCGAGAAGGCAUGUCAUUAGAGACUUCUCGAUCCUUGGCCGGUUUGAGUGAGGCAUUGGAGAAGCUCAAGUCAAAGAAACGACUUUCUGGCGCAUCUGCUUCUGCUGAACCACCCCGAAAACCGACCAUUCCCUCAGUCACUGUCACGGCCCCAGCUCCAAAUGUUCCUAAAAAGGAAAUAAACGGCCUCUCAGCAUCAGCAAGCUCUACAACCAUGGCGCCUCUGGCCAACCAUCGAGCACGAAGCUCAAUUCAUCCUGGUGAUUCGUCUAUCUCAUCAGACACCGCCGGCGAAAAAUCUAUUUUGGAAAUGCUGAGUUCAACGAAGGGCGUGAAGUGUUUCCAGGGUGUGGUGGCGUUUGUAGAUGUGAAGACAAGUGAAGGGUCAGAUUCUUCACAGUUCUUUUCCGAUAUUUUGAAAUCUGGUGGCGCAAAGGUUCUUACCCGACCAACUCUCUCUUGCACUCAUGUCGUUUACAAGUCUGGUCGACCGGCGACGUUGAACUGGUACCGACGUCAGGACAAGCCACCAAGACUCGUGAGCAUCAAGUGGGUGACGGAUAGUAAAAAGGCCAAUAAGAAAAUGGAAGAAGACAAGUACCUUGUGGAUCCGAAUGAGGAACCUAUAUUUGAAAAGAGAAGGAAAUCGAUGGAGCCCAAGGCCUUGUCGGCGUACAGGAGCACUGUGAGUAACAGCGCUAAGAGACAAGCUUUAUUGGCUGUUGCCGAGGCGAAAAAUAAGGGUAUGAGCUAUGCGCCCAAACUCCCUUCACCUCUCAAGAAAACCUACAUCAACCUCCCCUUCUCAGACGACAACAAGUAGUCAGCCUCCAGCUCAGAGCAUUAUAAGCCCCCAAAAUGGGCCGGAAGAAGUAUCUGUUGUAACCUGUAGCAGAGUUCGAUAGUGGAGCAUGGAUAUCGGUAUUUUAAUGACCUGUCGAGUUGGGAUAGGGUAUCAAAUUGCAUAUCUAUGUUUGUUGGCAACACCUCAAAACCUCCUGUAUACACAUCGG